ACCUUCACCUUAAAAUGACAGGCACCUGCUUCCGGUUGACGUUUGAAACACCCGUAUGUAAAAGAGGCUCGAGUCAAAAUGGCUAAAGCUUUUUCAGUACUUCUUCUUUUUGCCGUUGUUGUGGUGGGAAGGGCCUUAACUCCGUCCACAUUCCUGACAACUCUUGACCAAGCCAGGUUAAAGUCUGUCUUUGAGGGAGCUCAACCAUACAGCGAUGUAGCCAAUGCACAUUAUUCUAUUUUGGGUCUGACUCUAUUAGGAGCCACCAUACCGAAUGCUCAAGAAGCGUGCAAAUCUUUGUCCGAGAAGUUGGACCAAAGUAAUGUAGCUUCAUUAUAUCAUGCUGCAUCUGCCAGCCAGUAUUUAACCAAGUGUAAAAUAAAUGUUGGUGGAGGUGUACAAAAAUUAUUAGACGACACCAUCCGAGAGGAUGCCAAUGUUGUAGAUAUCUUUAAUGCAUUUUUUGCCCUGAAAAAACUGGGUUUAAAAGUUGAUAAUACUAAAGUAAAUAAAGCUUUACAAGAAGCCUUAAAAAAAGAUGAUUCAGCCUUGAGUUAUGGUUAUUCGUUUCUCAUAGCCACAGAAUUAAGUGGUGAUGUUACAAAAUAUUUUGAUAAUAUUGAAGAUGUUGUCGCACAAGCAGAUGAAUUAGAUGAAAAAUAUUUACAGUUUGAAGGAGGAUUGUAUGUAUCUUCAUUAGUUGUAGAUUCCGCUUAUAAACUAGCUACAAAAUUAAACAAAGCACCAACAAUAUCAGCAGAUAAAGUGGUUAAAUUCACUAAUUAUUUCUUGAGUCGUAAACAUAUUCAUCAGUUGAGAGCUGCUGCUUAUUUCUUAUCUGCUGUCAAAUCAUUGACAGAAAACAAAUUCCACGUGCCUGUUGCUGUUACAUUAGCCAGUCCUGUUGCUGUCACACAAUCUGAACCCUUAAUUCAAGUCCGUGUAACAAAUUUGAUGGGAGGAUCCCUCGGUAGUUUAACUGUUACUGCUGAUAAUGCUAAAAAUAUUGGUGAAGGAUCAAUUGUUCUCAAUAAGAAGCCUUUUGUUGUCAAUUCUAAAGACAAAUCAUUAUUUGAGUUAAAUCUGAUACAAGCUAAACCAGCUAAAGGUUUCUAUGAAUUAACAUUAAGUGUUAGUCCAGCUAAAGCUGAUAAGAGAUUAAUUGGUACAACUGGCGCUGUGGUGAAAGUGAAAGUAACAACACAAGUAACAUUAGAAGGUGUAGAAAUCGGGGUAGCUGAUAAAGAUCAAUCAUCAGCUCCCAGAGCUGUCAAAUUAAACUAUCCUAAACCAGCAGCUAGUACAUUAGAAGCUGAUUUCCAUCAGAAGAUCAUCAUGAAGUUUAAACUAGUAGAAAAAAAUACAGCUCAACCUGUAGCAGCUCACCAGACAUUUGUACGUUUAACCAACCAAGAUACUAAACAAGAAAUUAUCUUUGUAUCUGAAGCUGAUUCUUCUAAUGUUAAUAAAUUUGAAUUGGAUGUUGGAUCUCGUGGUAAAGAUUUUGGUUUCCGAUCUGGUAAAUACAAUGUUGAACUUAUUAUUGGUGAUCCUGUUAUUGAAAACCCAAUCUCGUGGACACUGGCUACUUUAUCAUUAAGAUUCCCAGAAGGUAGCUCCACAACUAAAGAAUCCACAAAUCAAUAUGCUGUGAAACCUGAAAUUAAGCAUCAAUUUAACGUACCAGAAAAACGUCCACCAGCAGUUGUAUCUCUAGCUUUCUCUGCUCUAGUUUUAGUUCCAAUACUUGUACUAUUUAUUCUUUGGAUUAAAAUUGGUGUAAAUGUUUCUAACUUCCCCUUCUCACUUAGUGCUAUAGGUUUCCAUGUUUGUUUAGCAGCUAUAUUUGGUUUAUAUUAUUGUUAUUGGACUAAUCUAGAUAUGUUCCAGACAUUACGAUAUCUAGGUAUACUAGCAAUACCUACAUUCCUAUUUGGUAAUAGACUUCUUAGUGGUUUAGCAUCAAAACGAAAAACAACAUAAUAAAUUAAUCAAGACAAUUUUUUUUAAGAACUUUUUUUUUUUUUUUAUAUGUUUAAUUUUUGGACAAUUAUAAACAUAUAGUUGUUAUACUUCAUGUACAUUAUCUUAUUAUAUUAUGUUGUGAAAUUCCAUCUCAUGUUAUUUUUAUCAAAAUGAUCAUUAAAUUGUUCUUGUAUCCAAAA